AUAAGCGCCCGACCCGACCCAACAUGGGAAGAAUAACCCGUCAGAGAGAUUCAUUCAUUUUCGUCUUCGUUUGUUUCUCUGCGGAGAAAUUGGAAAGAAGCUACGAGGGUUAGGGUUUAUGUUAGGGUUGGGCUUGUUCUGAAAUCAAAUCAAAUCGAAGCAGAAGAGUGAAGAGAAAGAGAGAAAAUGGCGUUGAAGUUUUUGAACAAGAAAGGAUGGCACACGGGGAGCCUCAGAAACAUCGAAAACGUGUGGAAAGCGGAGCAGAAGCAUGAAGCCGAGCAGAAGAAGCUCGAUGAGCUGCGCAAGCAGAUCCAAGAAGAGCGAGAACGCACCGAGUUUCGCCUUCUUCAGGAGAAAGCUGGCCUCGUUCCUCACCAGGAGAGGUUGGAAUUCUUGUACGAUUCCGGGUUGUCCGUUGGAAAGUCUGCCAAUUCCGAAGGAUUCAAGGCGCUUGAACAGUUUCCAAAAUCCGACGCAGCAGAUGCUGCUUCAUCCUCUGCUUCUGCUUCUAAGCAGCAGGGGGCGAGUGUUCCCGGAGCAUUAUUUGAGGAUAAGCCUCAGUCUGCCAAUGAUGCUUGGAGGAAGCUUCAUACUGAUCCCUUGCUUAUGAUUCGCCAGCGCGAGCAGGAAGCGCUUGCUAAGAUAAAAAACAACCCUGUUAAGAUGGCUAUGAUAAAAAAAUCAGUUGAAGGAAUGGAACCCAAGGAGAAAGAUCACAAGGAAAAGGAAAAGCGGAAGAAGCAUCAUUCUAGUAAAUCAAAGCCUAAAAAACAAUCUGAUUCAGAAGAUGAUGCUGCUGACAGGAGAAAAAGAAAGACUAGUAAUGGAGAUUUUGACAAUAAGUAUACCAAGUCCCAAUCAUAUUCAGAGGAUGAAAUGGGUGAUGGAGAAAGGAAAAGAAAGAAGAAUCACUAUGAAGACAAAAAAUACAGAGAAAGGUCAACGAGUCACCAACAGAGGCAAAGAAAUGCCAAAGACUAUAAAGAAGAUGCAGGUGACAGAAAUUAUAGCACGUUUAAGUCAGAAAGAUAUGCUUCAGAAGGUCAGUCCAAUAAAAGGGGGGAUGGGAGAUUUUCUGAAGCAACAUCCAGUAGAUCUUCUGCUACUUUACUUGAACGUGGAUCACACUAUAAGCGCAGAAAUGUGGCUCCGAAGCUUUCAGAAGAAGAGCGUGCUUCUAAACUUAGGCAGAUGCAAUUGGCUGCUGAGGUGCAUGAAGAGCAGAGAUGGAAACGUAUAAAGAAGGCUGAGGAAUCUGAUGCACAGGAAGCAGUCCAGAACAAAAACACUGGUGGCAGGAAUUUCUUGGAUAAUGUUCAAAAAAGUGUAUAUGGCGCAGCUGAAGGAGGGAGCAAAUCAAUAGCUGAGAGUGUCCGUCGCCGGACACAUUAUUCUCAAGGCAGGUCUGCAGGUGAAGGCAAUGCAUUUCGGCGAUGAAUGCUGGGUGGCUUCAUCACUAAUUUUUAAUAUCUCAGCUGUCUCCACACCUCUCUUGCGUUUGCUUUUCUUCCAUGUACCAUCAUAUGAUUCCUUUCUUGUAUCAAUAUGUGAAAACCUGUCUGAUAUCAAUGUGAUAAUAUAUCAAGAAUUCAUCGUUUUCCCUUCAUGAUUCGAGAUUUCCAAUGUUCCUUGUGAUUUUGAAGUAUUCGUGUCUCGAAAUCAA